AUGAAAUUCACUUGCGUUCUCGUUGUUUUGGCGCUCGUAGCCUUCCUGGCAUUAUUUGGUUCCGAAGCUAAACGAGCUAAAAAGGGAGAAGCGUUUAUGAUAAAACAAAUCUCUAACAAGCUCAAAACAGUUUGCCCCAACCAGAAGAAAAAUCUCAAACAAGUUUUGUCCAUUGUAAGUUCCGUUGACUUGACUCUUCGCUUCACUCAUAGCAGAAUCGGUGCAAUUGACUUGGCAACAAAACAACUGAGGAAAGGUAGGAUAAGGUUUGGAAAGCUUAUUAUCUACGACAACAAAUUUAUUGAAUUGAACGUCUCCUGAGGAAAUAGUUGUCCGAUGUGAUCAGAGGUUCUGCUUCAAGUGCUCAUGACCUAAUGUUCUGAAUUUCGUUAUGUUUCUAUUUUUAUCAGCGAACACAAAGAUUUUCCAGCGCUUGACCAAGUUAGACCGUAAACUGACCACCAUUACAAAGAUGAUGAGAAAGGCGAUUAACGGAGGUGAGAGUUUCUGCUUUUAUGUAAAAAUUUGUCGUAGUGCAUGAUUCACACUCAAGAGGCACCACAAAAAUUUCAAAUUUCAGUGUCCACAAGCUUCUUUCGGAAUGCAAACUAGUCGUAAAACAGCUUGUCCAAGAGAAUUGUAGAAGGAAUUGUUUUCCUUCUAGUUUCGAGAAACGAUUGCACUGCGAAAGAAAGAAAUGGUAAAAUUUCCGCACAGCCCCAUACUACACUAUGGAUUCGGUUCUUGGAUAGAGAAAACAACGACAAAAACAAUACAUUGCCAUUGGGAAAACAGAUUUGUUUUACAAUAGUAUGGGGCUGCGCGGAAUUUUUACCAAAGAUAUCAGUAAAUCAUUCUAUCUUGAAGAAGUGAAGGGACAUAUACAGCGGUAUAAAUUGCAACACACAUUUGGUGUUAAUUGUCUUGAGUUCAAGAACGCAGUGAAUUCGAUUUUAAAGACCUUGCGUUGCUGUUUAUUUUUCACCUUAGACAAACCUAAAUCAGUGACGAUCUGCGAAACCAAGAAAACUACCAUAACUUGCAAGAAAGGGAAGAAAAUGAACAUCCUGCAUGCAAAUUAUGGUCGACUCAACAAAAACAUGUGUGGCAAGUCUACAGUGACCAAUUGCCGUGCCUCCACGUCACUUGGCAUUGUGCAGAAAACGUGCAAAGGGAAAGUCAGUUGUGCACUGCAUGCGAGUAACAGCGUGUUUGGUGAUCCGUGCCAAGGAGUCAGAAAAUAUCUUACUGUGAAGUACAAGUGUGAAUGAGCACUAGGUCAGCUAAAAAAUUUUCCCGAUAUCGUUCUUUUAUUAGUUAAGUUCAUCUAGUAAAUUUGAUUGGGUUUUGGAAGAUCAAUGUGCAAAAAACGUGUCAUCAAGGAUGUAACUACUGUAGCGUGAUAGCAUAACUUUUGUGACUGUGAUUACAAGUCAUCAUUGACCGGUCUGGCGCUGGUGUCACGCACUAGCAAUCGACUUCGGUGUCGAUGUAACUUUGUAAUCUGAACUAAAUUUUGUUCCUGCUCUUUCCUUUUUUCAGGUUCACCAGGCCAUCUCAGCCUCGCAGUUCACUCAGGGGAAACUGAAUGUACUGUAAUUCUACAUUGCUUGAUGCUCAGAUGAAUAAAAGGCA